AUGGCGGCCCGUGAAUUUAACCUUACCUUCGAGAUUGCUCCUCCUGCAACUGUUCGCCCUAGCCUUCCGUUCACCAUUCCAGUGGUCAUAGCCGUCCGGCCUAUCGGCACGCCGGCCCGAAAUGUGCAACAUCUCGUCGUGAGCGCAAGCUUGCGCAACGAAAACAGUACCGCUCCAGCCGUCGGUCUCAGUGGAAACUUGACAGCUAGCGUGCGCAGUCGCACGGACAAUGCGAUGAGCGGAUAUGCCAAAUUCAGCCCGCUGACCAUCUCGACGCCGGGCAAGUACCGUGUGCGCGUGAUGCUGAGUGCAGCCUCGUACAAUGGAGUGGUUACCAAGGAAUAUGUCGAUUCGGGGGUCAUCAAUGUACAGGCCGCUGCGCCAGCGAGCCAACGACCAACCCCCCUCCAAGCCGUAACCCUACAGCGGCUGACGGCCGAAAACCUCGAUAUUUCUGCGGCGGAUAUCGCCAAGUGGCAAGCGGCGUGA